CGAACAUCAACAACAACAACAACAACAACAACAACAACAACAACAACAACAACAACAACAACAACCCUCUACCCAGCAACAACUCAUUCAAGAUGCAGUACUUCUCCACUCUCAUGGCCCUCGCCCUCGGCGCCUCCACCCUCCUCACUGCCCACGCCUCGGUCGGUGUUCACUGCGGCACCACGGGCGAUGCCGUGCUCUCGGACUGCAAGGACAUGCUCAACGACAAGGCCUUCUGGGACGGCGAGUUCAACACAGGAGCCACAUGCACCUACACGAACCCCUUCAGCACGGUGCCGCUUCCCACGACGGCCUACAACGUCGCGUGCAAGGGCGAGUGCUGCGUCUACGUCGCUGCCACGGGCGCCGACACGGUGCUCAAGGAGACGACGCGCCAGGAGGCCCUCGGCCUGCUCGGCUGCGGCGACGAGGGCGCCAACAAGAUCAACGGCAUGCAGAAGUUCGACGACGGCCAUGGCGUCUGCAUCGGCGACCGCGGUGCCUGCGGUGACUGCUUCGACGACAUUGACUUUGCCUAA